AAGCGCAAAUAAUUCAAGAUAUCGCAGCACGGAAUUACGUGCUGGUGAUUUUUCCUCCAGUUUUUCUUCUGUCCAUUAACAAACAAAACACAAAAUGGAAAUCCACGACAAGACUUCUGUGAGUUCAGCGGUAGGAACUGCGCCUGAUUUCAUAGGGAAUGACGGUUCUCUUGUGUCUGUGCUAAAGACAUUGCUGUUUUUCACUAUACUGAUGAUAACUCUACCCAUCGGACUGUAUUUUGCAUCAAAGUCUUUUCUCUUUGAAGCCUUUUUGGGUUACUCCAGCAAUGACAGCUAUUUCUACGCUGCCAUUGUUGCCGUGCUUGCGGUUCAUGUGGUUCUGGCACUCUUUGUUUACGUUGCAUGGAAUGAGGGGUCACGCCAAUUGAGAGAGGGAAAACAGGAUUAAUCAAAACUGGAUGCAACCAAGAGAGAGAGCGGGAAAUGCACACAUGCCACUUUUGUCAUACACAUUCCCAAACCAAUGGAAUGACAGCGUGUGUGUGUGUGUGUGCACGUUUACUUUUCUCCUGAAUUUCUCAGCCUAUCAGAGAGAAGAUGCCAAAAUUGCCUCUUCAUCUCAUGGACUGGUUGAGGUCAUCUUUCAGCCUGGCUGGAGGUUGUGUCAGAAGACUGUAGUUGUUAAUGUGUUUUUGUGCAGGGCUAACAGGCCAGAGAAGAAAUCCAAACUGAAAACAAGCUCUUUUUCUCAUGGAAGUUCAUUGUUCCUGCAGUGUUAUUAUCUGACUCAUUUCGGCCUAGCCAAUAGUUGAAUUCAACUGUGGACUUCAAAUCUGUUAAUUAGUAAUAUAACAGUAAAACUGAUGCUUUUGAUCUGUAAUGUGAAGCUUCGGCUGAUUUCAGUCUGUUGCACUGUAAAGAAAAGAUCUUGGGCUGUACCUUUCAGUGUCUUCCUUUUUGUAUUUUUAGAUUUAUAAGGUGAUUAUAUCAUGUACACUGUUGGUUGGUAAAAACUAGCGUGUUUGUGAUUUGAGUUUUACCUUUUUUCCAGAUUGAUCAUUUCAAUUUAUUUAUUAAUCAACAUUGUUCUAUGUAACUCAUCAUUCUUGCUGGAAAUACACACUCUCAAGCUCAUUAAUUGCAUUUCCUAUUUCUUCUUUUGACAGUAAUUAUGGAUCAAUGUAGCCAAUAAAUAAAUGCUCCACCUGCCCUCUAAACACACUUUUCUUUGUGCCCCUCAUUAGUUUCUUCUUUU